AUGUUAAGGAGACUGACUCCCCACGGCCGGAUACCCAAGCCACUCCGCCGCAAUGAACUUCGUCUACAAAGACAGUGGAAUGAACUUGUUUCUGAAAAGAUAACUCAGUCUCCCACGAGUCAUUGGUUAUUUGAUAUUCCUCCAGAAUCCAAUUCGCGAAGCGAACCUGGAUUGCCUCUUCCGCAUACAGCUGUCCUUUCAAAAGAUACAAUUGAUUGGGACGCUAUAGACAAAAUCUUCAUUCAACGCCCGAGAUUAGCUAAAAUUGUUAUUGAACAAGGUCUUUGUGGUUUCAGUAAGAUUGUUUUCCUCGCUCGUCUGGACGCGUCUAUAUUGAGUAAAGCACACUGUACCUUUGAAUAUGAAAACCGGAGUUAUUUUGCAACGGAUUCCCAUAGAAUCCUGUCUAUAUGCAGCCUGACUUUCAAACUUCCUGGUGAAGCUCCUUUGAACAUCGUUGCGUUAUCUACCAAAAAGUGCUUAGCCAGAGGAGCUGCACUUUUGCAACUUUUCCCCAUUCUUGAAGAAAAGCAACUAUUGGAUGACUUGUUGCUCCUCAUCUCACCAAAAUGGGUUGCCAAAAAAGAACAAGAGAAACCCGGUCACAAUGUUCAAUCCAAAGAUACUCAGCCAGCAGUGCCAAUCGCACUAACAGAGACAAAAUCAGUUCCGGAUACCCUAUCAACACCCAAAACAGAACAAGAGAACCCUGGUCAUAAUGUUCAAUCCACAGAGGCUCAAUCAAUAAUGCCAAUUGUAUCAACAGAGACAAAAUCAAUUCCGGAUGCUCCGUUAACACCCAAAGAAGAACCACCAGGAGAACCGAAAUUAAAGUCGGCAAAAAAGCCGAAGGAGCUCAGACUUGUCACGCGUGAAGUGUUUAAUUAUGCAGCAAAAUAUCUACAUGUCCCGGAAUACACUGUCACUUCCCAGGAAGUUUCUAAAAAAGAACACCCGAGUAACCCCGUUACAUCAAAAAAGCCUAAACCUCCAAAAAAAAGUUUUACUGUCACUAUAUCUUUGCCUGAACAUAGUAUUCAUGCAACCGCAACCAGUUUAGAUCUCCCACUCACGGAGGCUAUGGCAUGUACAGAGUUCAAAGUGCAAGCUGAGAAGCACCAUAUUGCAAAUAGCAUACCUUCCGAUUCAUCAGAAGGAGAAAUCGUUUUAACCACUGCAAACGUGAGAAAUUUUGUGGAUUUCUAUAAUGACUACAAUGACAAAUUAGUCAUUCAGUUGGAACACAAGGUCAACACUUUCAAAAGUCAAGCCUUUACCAGGGAUCCUAACACUGCUGCUCUUGAAACGCUUGGUCCGGCUAUUGAGAGAAGCAGUUCUCGUGACCUUGAAACGUUGACUCUCCUAGUUGCUGCAGUCACACUAGUCAAGCAAAGGCCUCAAUUGCUCUUGGAUUAUUCGAAAAAGCUGGAUGUAAGAACUGGCAAGUACGUGGGCAAAGCUCUUCCUAUGAAGCUUGAACUACACCAGACUAGUCUGGAUUUAAUGCAACGCACGGUAGAUACCACCACAAAGCUAAACUUAUCAACACUACCUACUGGUGAAUGUAAGGACCAUGAUGUUUCUCCCUUGACGGAUGAUGUUUCUCCCUGGGCGGAUUACGACAAAAUUCGCUUUGAGUAUUCUUAUGACUGGAAAGUCAAACAACGUUCCAGCGAUUUAUUGAAGUGGUAUCGUCAACGUUCGCACAAACAGAAAUACUCGAAGUUACUACCUUUAAACCAGAAUUCGUCUGAAGUAUUGAAUCAUAUUGAAAACAAUCAAUUUUCUAUUUUAAUCGGGAAAACUGGAAGUGGAAAGACGACUCAGUUGUCUCAAAUCAUUCUGGAUGAGUACAUUCGUACAAAACGUGGUGGAGAGUGCAGAGUCAUUUGUACGCAACCGCGAAGGAUAGCCGCAAAAUCAGUGGCAGAACGUGUUGCUGAAGAACGUGGUCAAAUGCUUGGUGAUCAAGUCGGUUACAAGAUAGGUUUUGAUACUGAACUUUCCAAUCCUCGCGGAAGCAUCACGUAUUGUACCACAGGAACCAUCUUACAACAAUUAAUACACCAUCCUGAUGCUAUCCUUCACGAAACAUCACAUCUCAUUAUUGAUGAAGUACAUGAGAGAGAUCUGGACAUCGACUUUCUCUUAACAAUGGUUAAAAAGCUUGUGAAAGAGAGAAUUGAAGCUGGAAAGCCUACGCCAAAAGUGUGCUUGAUGAGUGCCACCGCCGACGCCGAGAUGCUUCAGGAAUACUUCGCUUUCGAAACUGAAACCCGGGAGAUUUCCUGUCCAGUUCUGCAUGUGGAGGGUCGAGCUUUCCCUGUCAGAAAAUAUUUUCUCGAAAAUGUAAUGGAUACUUUCAGAAAAACAUAUCCAGCAAGUCAUAAUAUCUGGGAAAUCCUUGAUUCUAACAAGAAUAAAGCUUAUUUACAAAGUGAAAAACGAGUUAAGAAGACAGAUUUGGUAAUGGACGUUGAGAAUGAACAGCCUAAAUCGGUUAUCAAAUGGGACAGCCAUGACGAUGAUCCCGAUAGCCUACAGAAGCAGAUAGCAAUGGACACUUUGGAGGGACAAGUGCCCGAUGAUCUGGCUGCUAUUAUGAUUGCGCAUAUAGCGAGUACUACAAAAGAUGGCGCAAUACUACUUUUCCUGCCAGGCAUACGAAGCAUCAAUACCAUUGAAAACAAUCUCAAGACGCAAGAUGUUUUUAAUGUAAACUUCAAUGACGAAAAUAAGUUCAAGAUUUUAAAAUUACACUCCUCUACUGCAGAUAAACAUCAGGAGGUCUUCGAGCCAGUCUCUCCAGGUUGUCGAAAGAUCAUUUUAGCCACAAAUGUUGCUGAAACCUCAAUCACUAUCGACGAUGUUCAAUAUGUUGUAGAUACUGGAAAACACAAGGAAGACAAUUUUCAUCAAAUGUUACGAAUUUGGUCAUUGUCUUGUAAAUGGGUUAGCAAGUCAAGUGUCAAGCAGAGAUCAGGUCGAGCAGGCCGUGUUCAAAACGGCAGUUAUUAUGGUCUCUUUUCAAAACGUCGCUAUGAUUCCCUUAGAAUGACUCCCCGCCCGGGAAUGAGUCGCGUCGAUUUGCAAAGCACCUGUCUCGCAGUCAAGAUCCUGGGCUACAAUGAACCUAUUCAAGAUUUCUUGGCGAGCGCUCCAGAGCCUCCAUCACCGAAAGCAAUACAGUCAAGUAUUGAGGGUCUUCAAACACUUGGAGCACUCACCUCCACGGAAAAAAUUACUCCUUUGGGCCGAAUAAUUGGAAUGCUCCCGCUGAGGCCUACACUGGGCAAAAUGGUAAUUCUCGGAAUCAUUUUUCGUUGUCUAGAUUCUAUGAUAAUUUUAGCAGCCUUCGAUAACAUAAUACUGCAUGUGCGUCCACUGGAUAUGGAAGAAGAAUCUGAUGCGGCAAUGAGAGGAUUUGCAAGGACAUCCAAAAGCGAUCAUGUCGCCAUGCUCAAUGCUUUCCGUGCGCUUCGCGACUUGGAAGAAGCUGAUGGUCGCGAAGUCAUGACGUCGUUUGCGUACCAGAAAUUUCUUAGUGUGGCAAAUUAUGACACAGUGAAGCGAAACAUUGGUUUAAUCCAACAAGCGCUUCGAAGAAAUGGUUUGGUGCUAAACCAAGAGACGCAAGGCGUGGCCGGACUUGGUGAAAAGUAUGGCGGAGAGAUACUGAAUGAGAACUCAGAUCAGGAUGAAUUAAUCAGAGCACUUCUUGUACAGGGCUUGCAUCCACACGUCGGUACAUGGAAUAAUCACGAAACCAAAUAUCAAAUUGUCGCCAACGAAAAAGUACUCAUUGACAUACACCCUUCUUCUAUCAAUCAUCCUAGGAAGCGAUCUAGCUUGAAAGUUGAAGGAAUUACAUCGUCAUCAAAAGGCAAUGCCCAGUUGUUGUCUUUUGAUAAGCUUACUCUCCUAAGCAAUAAAAAACUUGUUAUGCAACGUACAACUGCUGUAACACCUUUUAUGGUAUCUUUGUUUGGUGGGACGCUGAAUCGAAGUGCAGAUAAUGCAGAUCAAGUCGAGGUAGAUAAGUGGCUUCUAUUCGAUGUGCGGAGCACAGACAAACUGAGAUGCGUAGAGGGCGUUGCGGGACAGACCCUCAUGCGUUUCAACAAGGCAUUGCGACAGCUAGAGAAUACUUCUUUUAACGAUUUGGCCAACGGUAAAUACGUUGUAGACAACGACUUGUCAAAUGAUUUCGCAAAAGCUUUGAAGGGAAUGUUAAUUACGGAACAGGAUAUCGAUAGACUUGCGGAAGAGAAUGAACUCGACCUUGCUAUAAACCUACGCAAGUUUUGGAAUCGAUCCGAAUCGCCACUUGAGAAGAUACCACCUAAAGAACCCAAGGAGAUCGUACCAAAGUUUUCACUACUCGAAGAAACACAAUAUGAUGAAGAUUCUCACGGGUCUUUUCUUGGAUUAGUAGAAAGUGCUUUGGAAGGACCCGAAGUAGCAUCUUCCUCCUCACAAGUCCAGUCACAGCGCUCCACGAAAAAUGUGGUCACCAAAGAAAGUAAUGGAGUUGAAUCAGAGAAUUCCGAAAAUUCUGUUCCUUCGAAGUACAUGCCUGGAUCCAAAUUUCUGAACCAACGUCAAAAUACUGGAAAUGCGCCUCCGAAAGACCGGCUCGGUAGCCCGAAACCCCCUCCUAAGAAGAAACCUAAAGAAAAAAUGAUCGAUCGCUUAUUGCACAACAUAUUUAAAGGAUUGUGA